CUCGUCUUGUGCUCUCAUUUUGUGAACCCUUCGCUCGUAAAAUGGGGUCUCGAGUUCUCAGUAUCCAGUCACAUGUCGUAUUUGGCUACGUUGGCGGCAAGGCUGCCGUCUUCCCGCUGCAAUGUCUUGGCUACGACGUUGAUGUAGUAAAUACGGUCAACUUCUCGAAUCAUUCUGGCUAUGUACCGGGUGCUGAAGGGAUCUCCGCUGUGGCCGAUCUCGUUGAAAAGCUCAAGACGCAGAGGACCGAUCUUAUCUACCUGCUCGAUCGAGACUCGGGGCAUCUUUAUGUUGCUGCCGAUGUCAUUCCCAUUUACCGCAGAAUCUUACCGCUGUCUACCAUCAUAACUCCCAACUGGUUUGAAGUCGAAACUCUGACAGACACACCCUUGAAGGAUAUCGAGUCUCUGCGUUCUGCUCUGCGCAUUCUCCACAAAACAUAUCGAGUGCCGAACGUGGUGAUCAGCUCCAUUCCUCUCGCGGACUGGCUCAAAUCAGCCCUUCCCGCAAGACUGUCAUCCGCUGUCGAUUCUGACCUGAACUACCUCCUCUGCAUUGCGUCGUCUGCCACAGCAGAGUCGUCUGUGGUGCACGCCCAAAUCGUGCAGCAACUGCCGGGAUACUUUUCCGGGGUGGGAGAUCUGUUCUCCGCCCUGCUGCUCGCCCAUUUCGAGCCUCAAAAGGUUUUACGUGCCUCGGAUGCUGUGUCGCGUGCAGCAUCGCAUGCUUUAGCCAAGACGCAUGCGAUGCUGCGCUUGACGCAUGAGCAUGCUGCAUUGCUACCGGAGGAGGAAAGACAGGUCACUGACGACGAGAAAGAUGCUGCGGCUCCUCUGCGCAAGAGCCUGCGGAUGCGGGGCCGAGAACUGCGGCUAAUCCAGGGACAGGACAUCAUCCGUGGAAUCGGAUUUGAAUGCCCUGAGAUGAUCUCUUGGGAUUCAUUUUGGAGGUCGGAAUAG